GCAAUGCGCCUCGCUGGAAAAGAACCCUUCCCUGUCAUUUACUGUGACUCUAAAAAAGAGGGAGAGGUUUAUGAGCCUGUUACAAAGUCUCAGCUGAAAAAGAUUCAGAAAAUCUGGCAGAGAGAGCAACACAAGACGACUGAAGUGGAAGAAGAUGCUGAAAAAGAUGCUGAUCGAAGGGAGAAAAAUCUGGAAGAAGCAAAGAAAAUAGUAAUUGAGAAUGAUCCCACUUUACCAGCACCAACUCAGAUUAAAAUUCGAUCAGCAGUCCAAAACCGGGAUAAGAGAGUGAAAAUAUUUGGAUGGGUCCACCGCUUGAGACGACAAGGAAAAAAUCUGAUGUUCGUAGUGCUACGGGAUGGCACUGGAUUCCUACAGUGUGUCAUGGCUGACAAAAUGAGUCAGACUUAUGAAGCGGUGACGCUUGCUACUGAGGCAUCCAUUGCAGUUUACGGUGUUAUCAAGGAGCUGCCAAAAGGGAAGACUGCACCAGACAACCAUGAAAUGGCUGUGGACUUCUGGGAGUUGAUAGGCCCCUCACCUGCAGGUGGCGCAGACAAUCUGUUGAACGAGGAGGCCCACCCAGAUGUUCAGCUGGACAACAGGCAUAUGAUGGUGCGAGGAGAAAACACGGCCAAAAUUUUGAAGAUGAGGUCAGUUAUAACUAAUUGCUUCAGGGAGCAUUUUUUUGAUCGUGGUUACUUUGAAGUUUUUCCUCCAACACUUGUCCAGACUCAAGUAGAAGGAGGCUCUACACUGUUCAAGAUGGACUUCUUUGGAGAAAAUGCCUACUUAACUCAAAGCUCACAGCUCUAUCUAGAGACACUGAUUCCUGCAAUGGGUGAUGUGUUUAGCAUGGCACAGUCUUACAGAGCUGAACCUUCAAAAACAAGAAGGCAUCUUGCAGAAUAUACUCACUGUGAAGCUGAAUGUCCCUUCAUCACAUAUGAAACACUGUUGGACAAGAUUGAGGACUUGGUCUGUGAUGUUGUUGAUCGAGUGCUAAAAUCUCCAUAUGGCAAAACUGUACUUGAGCUGAACCCCGACUUCAAAGCUCCCAAGAAGCCUUUCAGGAGGAUGAACUAUACUGAUGCCAUUAUUUGGCUUAAGAAAAACAAUGUCACAAAGGAGGAUGGCACCUUUUAUGAGUUUGGUGAUGAUAUUCCAGAAGCUCCAGAACGUAAAAUGACAGACACUAUCAAUGAGCCAAUCAUGUUGUGUCGAUUCCCGGCAGAAAUCAAGUCAUUCUACAUGCCACGCUGCAAGGAAGAUAACAGACUUACAGAAUCGGUUGACUUGCUGAUGCCAAAUGUGGGUGAGAUUGUUGGUGGAUCCAUGAGGAUUUGGCAGCAGGAGGAGCUGGAAGCUGGCUUCAAGCGAGAGGGCAUCGACACUAAACCUUACUACUGGUAUAUUGACCAGAGAAAGUACGGCACAUGUCCUCAUGGUGGCUAUGGUCUGGGAAUUGAGAGAUUUCUCUGCUGGAUUCUCAACAGAUAUCACAUUCGUGAAGUGUGUGCUUACCCUCGCUUCAUAGGCAGGUGCACCCCAUAG